GCCGCCUCGUCUGGCGCGCCCUCGUCGCCGCUCGGCGCGCGUGCCGACGGCGCAGCCGCGCCGCGCAUCGACCCGCUGGCGUUCGGCGCGCCCUCGACGCGCAGCGGCGCCACGACGGGCCAUGCCGCCGCGGGCACGUCCGCCGGCGGCUCGGCCUUUGGCGACGUCGACAUGCGCGGCGGCGACGACGACGGCGGCGGCGCCGCGCCGCAGGAGUACGGCGCCGGCGCCGGGCGGCAGGCUCGCCCGCGCGCCGUGCAGAACCUCGAGGACGUGCAGCCCGUCACCGACGAGGUGGGCGAGCGCGUGCGCGAGGGCUUCGCCGAGUUUCUCGAGACCUUCGUCGACGACGACGCCGAGCCGGGCCCCGACGGCGAGAUGCGCGCCUACUACAUCGAGCAGAUCAUGGCGCUGCGCGACUACCAGCGCACGACGCUCUUCGUCGACUUCACCCACGUGCUGCGCCACGAAGAGGUGCUCUCAAAGGCCAUCAGCGAGCAGUACUUCCGCUUCCUGCCGUACCUGCGGCGAGCGCUGCUCGACCUCGUCAACACGCACGUGCCCGGCUACCUCUACCUCAACGCACACGUCGCCUCUACCGCGUCGUCGGGCCUCGUGCCACGAGACUUUUCCGUCUCCUUCUACAACCUCUCGCUCAUCUCUGGCAUCCGCGACCUGCGCACCGACAAGAUCGGCCGCCUCACGGCCAUCUCGGGCACGGUGACGCGCACGUCCGAGGUGCGCCCCGAGCUGCUCUACGGCGCCUUCACCUGCCGCUCCUGCCGCGCCACGGUGCGCGACGUCGAGCAGCAGUUCAAGUACACCGAGCCGCCCAUGUGCAAGAACGUCACGUGCCAGAACCGCAGAGACUGGGAGCUCAACGUCGACCAGAGCCGCUUCACCGACUGGCAGAAGGUGCGCAUUCAGGAGAAUGCAAACGAGAUUCCCACGGGCAGCAUGCCGCGGUCACUCGACGUCAUUCUCCGCGGCGAGAUCGUCGAGCGCGCAAAGGCGGGCGACAAGUGCGUCUUUACGGGCACGUUCAUCGUCGUGCCCGACGUGGCGCAGAUGGGCGUGCCGGGCGUGAAUGCGCAGAUGCAGCGCGAGGGCGCCGGGCGCGGCGGCGAGACGAACCAGGGUGUCUCGGGCCUCAAGACGCUCGGUGUGCGCGACCUGACGUACAAGACGGCCUUCCUGGCGUGCAUGUCGCAGAAUGGAGAGGAGCGCAAGGGCGGCGACGCGGCGGAAGAGACGGAGGAGAUGGAUCCGGACCGCCUCAUGGAGGGCCUGACGCCGGCCGAGCGCGACGAGCUGGAGGCCAUGGUGCAGACCGACGACAUCUACUCGCGCCUCGUGCACAGCAUCGCUCCGACGGUGUAUGGACAUGACAUCGUCAAGAAGGGCAUCCUCCUGCAGCUCAUGGGCGGCGUACACAAGCAGACGCAGGAGGGCAUCCACCUGCGUGGCGACAUCAACGUCUGCAUCGUCGGCGAUCCCAGCACGAGCAAGUCGCAGUUCCUCAAGUACGUGUGCGGCUUCCUGCCGCGCUCCGUCUACACGUCGGGCAAGGCCUCGAGUGCUGCAGGUCUCACGGCUGCCGUCGUCAAGGACGAGGAGACGGGCGAGUUCACCAUCGAGGCCGGUGCCCUCAUGCUUGCGGACAAUGGCAUCUGCGCCAUCGACGAGUUCGACAAGAUGGACAUCAGCGACCAGGUCGCCAUUCACGAGGCGAUGGAGCAGCAGACGAUUUCGAUUGCCAAGGCCGGCCUGCAGGCCACGCUCAAUGCCCGCACGUCGAUUCUCGCCGCGGCCAAUCCGGUCGGCGGGCGCUACAACCGCAAGAUGACGCUGCGAGCCAACGUGGCCAUGUCGGCGCCCAUCAUGUCGCGUUUCGACCUCUUCUUCGUCGUGCUCGACGAGUGCAACGAGAGUGUCGAUCUCAACAUUGCGCGGCACAUCAUCAACGUGCACCGCUUCAAGGAUGCGGCCAUCGAUCCCGAGUUCAGCACCGAGGCGAUGCAGCGCUACAUCCGCUAUGCGCGCACCUACCAGCCCAAGCUGACGCCCGAGGCGAGCGACGUGCUCGUGGAGAAGUACCGGCAGCUGCGCGCCGACGAUGCGGGCGCCGGCAAGAACUCGUACCGCAUCACCGUGCGCCAGCUCGAGUCGAUGAUCCGCCUCUCCGAGGCCAUUGCGCGCGCCAAUUGCCGCCAAGACAUCACGCCGGGCUUUGUGCGCGAGGCGUACGGCCUGCUGCGGCAGUCCAUCAUCCGCGUCGAGAAGGACGACAUCGACCUCGAGGGCGACGACGACGAGGUCAUCGCCGAGGCCGAGCCCGCUGCUGCUGCCGGCGCAUCGGCGGAAGCCGGCUCUUCGAGUCUGGCGCAGGCCGAGUCGAUGGACGCCAGCACCGAGGAUGGCGCCGCUGCCUCGACGGCCAACGGCGCGCAGCAUCACGGUGCCGCAAACGGCACGGCUGCCUCCUCCUCGGCAACUGCGCCGCGUCGCGCGCGCGCAAAGCUGACGUACGAGCGCUACAUGGAGAUGAUGAACCUCAUCGUCAUGCGCGUGCGCGACGCCGAGCGCGCGACGGAGCAGGCCAUGGCGCGCGACGCGCUCGUCGAGUGGUAUCUCGAGCAGCGCGAGGGCGACAUCGAGACGAUGGAGCAGCUGGCCGAGGAGCGCGAGCUGACGCGCAAGGUGCUGCGCCAGCUCGUCAAGGACCAGUUCCUCCUCGAGCUGCGCGGCGUGCAGCCCAGCGCAGACGACGACGGACAGGGCGACGAGCAGAUGCAAGAGAGCAGCGGCGGCAGCACCGAGCACAUCUCCUACCUCGUCCAUCCGCGCGUCGACCUCGAGGAGCUGCCGGCGAGCAGCGCUGCAUGAAGGGCAUGCCCUUGCGCGCGCGCGCGCCCCCCGCCACCUCAUUUCCUCUCUGCUGCAUCUCUCCUGCCUUCCUGGGUCUCCACCUCGUCACGCACUGUACUCCUACCUCGCGCUCGCCUCGCAUCGCAUGCCAGCUCCUUCUAUAAAUCCCUUUCAUUCUGCCUCU